CGACCCUCCUGCUUUAUACCCAGCUUUAUACCCGCGCAUCAAAUACAUCGGACCAUAUAUUGUUCGAUAUUACACCAGAUGGCGGUCUGAACUAUACGGGGAAGAAGAAGAAGAAGAAAGACCAGUCACAUUCGGUAUUUCAAAGCUCUGGCCUGAGAAUGAUCUUAGGGUAAUAUUCACUUCCUGUGAAAGUGAAAGUAGACCGUAUUGCUGGUAGCCAGGUAGGCUUAUUAUACAUGAGCAGCACUGUGAGCACAUAGUGACAUGUAUAUUGGAUGUUUUGCUUUAUCAUGACGAAACCUGUAAGUUGUAGUGUCGUUAAAAUUACCAUAAUCAUGAACAAUGGAAGUAACUUUUUAAAAAAUAUUUCGAAAAUGUGUCGGGGCCCGGAUUAGAGUCGAUCAUUACAUAUGCACAUGUUCAUGAUCAUGAUGUUGUACGAUGAAUACUUAUACGUGUGUCUGUAUCUGUAUCUUGCCAUCUCAAACUGUGAACGCACAUCAAAGUAGAAAGAACAAAAGUAAGUCGUAACCGCCGCUCUUGAAAUACUAGUUGGAAGCCCUCGAUUGACAUACAGGUAAUUCUCGAUGGCUCGAACUUUGAUCCCUCGAAGUCAAACUGCAGUCCCGUAAAGGCCGUUAUUCAUAAUCUAUAUUUUUUUACUCUCGAUACCUCGAAGUCGCCUUGUAUCUCCAAGCGCCAUACCUAAUUUACACCUACUUGGUCAUUUAAAUGGCUCAAGGCGUUAGAAGCGGGACCCGUGUCACGGUUUGUUUAUUCAGGCGACACUUGUCCUGCAAGGUGAUAUUUGUUUGGUGAUUGACCAUACCGAUACUUACAUGUAGUCUAUAAUUAACACGAACCGUUUUACGAUAAUUUGGAGACGCAAUGAAAAUGAAAAAUUGAUUGAGAAGAAACAAUAAUAUUGAGCCAUGGUCAAAUUUUUGAAUUAUAAAACUGUAAAAAUUAUGCAUAUCAGCAUCGUUGUCAUUAUAAUGAUUAUUGCUAAACAAGUUCUUACAGCUGGUGAAGGACCCUUACGGUGGGAACAAUGCGUGAUACUCAGUUAUCACAUUUAUGACAUGUCGAUCGCCUCGCAGUACAGUAGUUCUGAGCAAUCCGGUCUUAAUAUGAUGCAUAAAAUAAAUAAUAAUUAUGAAUUUAAUUUUUUCAAUAGUUGUUUGUAUUUAGUUUUAAAAACAUCCAGUUCUGUAUAUUUUACUGAAAAGAAAAGGUACUUGUUAAAGCACGUGCGUAAGGUUAUCACUAAAUCAAUGGCUUAAUCAUAACAUCCGGUAAGACUAAUUUUAAAACCUGUCGGUCAACCCAGAAAAUUAAAACCAAACAAGGGAUUUAAAAUGAAUUUCUCCCAUGUGAUCUAUGGAUGUGUCAAUUACUGUAUUGUGUAAGUACAGUUUUUCCAUUUUUCUUUUUUUUGUACGUGUACAUGUACUGUAAAAAUGUAUUUCAGGUGCAGAUAAGCUUGAAUAAAGAAGCAGUAAACCCAAUGAAGGCGAAGAGAAUAAGGCCAGAUGAGGAUGCUAAAUUUUGGUGUCAAGCAGAUUUAGACAAGGAUGGAUUUGAAAAACGAUUCAUUAAUAACACUAUAGGAUUCGGUGUAUUUACAACAGCAUUUUUCCAAAAGGGGGCCUUUCUUUUAGAGUAUGUUGGCAAUCGAAUAAGUGAAAAAGAGGCAGAAAUUCGAGAGAGAAAACGCAGGAAGAAAAAACACAGUUACAUGUUUCAUUUCAAAUGGAAUGGGAAACAUGUUGUUGAUGCUACAGAUGUACCAGAAAGAAUGUGCCGUUAUGUCAAUGAUGACAAGAAGGCAAAUGCAACAAUGAAAUUGAAAGUUUUCAAUAAUUAUCCAAGGCUGUGUUUGUUUGCUCUACAAGAUAUACAUAUUGGAGAAGAAAUACGUUAUGAUUAUGGUGAUGAGAAUGUUCCUUGGAGGCAACACUUUCAUAAAACUAAGAUGGAGAUGAAGACAAUUGAAGUUACAGAUGAUGAUGAUGAUGACCCCUUUGAUCUCAAAAAGCCAAGGUUUUCAGAGAAAAAGGAACAAUGCCAAAGCAAGGCCAAAGUCAGUUGCAUGCUGGAAAUGAUAGACUUAGUGAUGAUGAUGACAUAGAUGAGGAUGCUCUUUCUG